GUAGUCCCAGAGUUGGUGGCCGUUUCGCGAGUGAAUCGGCAGCCAUUUUUAAACUGCUCGCUCGCUGUAAUAGAUUAGAGGAAGACAUGGAGAGUGAAAACUGCAUCGAAGUAGUAACGUAAUUGGCCAAAAGGCCAAGAAGGACCGAAGAGCGGUUGCGCGCUAAGGGGUAGGAUAUUCCGAGGCGAGAAAGUCGGCGUGGCUAGAUUCCUGCAAAAGGCACCGAAGGCAGCCCGCUGACUCGAGGAGACGGUCAACUGUCAACAUCCUGAGAAUUAGGAGAUGAUUCCGACCCGCAGUCUGCUCUAGAGAGGUAUCCGUUCGCCCGGAGCUUGCGAAGCGGAGAGGUCGACGGAAGUAGAGAGCGACUCCAGUCUGCUCCUCAGCGAUGUCGGGUUUAAUAUGCGAAAGGACGGCGGAAAUAGAGAUCUUGGCUCCCGAAUGCUAAGUUCCGACAAUAAUGGCAGACAAUGUACACAGAAGAGCGUAUAAGCUGUCGGACGGUAGUAGGAAGCUGUCGAAUCCGGUGCACCGUACCACGACGGAGACCAUUCGACUGGGAGAGCCGGAGAAGGUUCUCCAGCCAGUGUGCCUGUCCGCUCCGAGCAACGCAACGGCCAACAACCAAUGUCGUAAAAAGACCUCUUCUUUCCAGAUUACGAGCGUUACCGUAGGUUGUCGCAUGAGCAACGAUGCCGGGGAGGAUUCGAACGACGACCUCGAUGAGUCUCACACCGAGGACAACUCUAUCGAGCACUCUCGCCUCACCGACAUCGACGUCGAGACGCCCAGCUACUCGGAGGAUACCUUUUCCAAGGAGGACGUGUUCUUCAACACGACCAACGCGGCGCUGGGCACGGCUCCCGUCAUUCCUACCAGCUCUCAGUACGGCCUGGCGAUAGUGCCCUCGGAAGGUGGGAACGUCAGCAAUUCCGUGAACGAUAGCAAUAUCAAUACUCUGGACAUAACCUCCGUCACCGACAACAAUAUCAUCAACCUGCUCUCGAGUAAUACCAAGCAGGAUGCCGACCUGCGGGAGGUGCACUCCCAUGGCAGGAACGAACGAUUCAAGGUGGUCAAGAUCGAGAGCACGGAGCCGUUCAAGAGGGGUAGAUGGACAUGCAUGGACUACCUCGACCACACGUCGGUCAACCAGCCGAUGGCGAUCGGCACGCCGAAGGUUCCAGACCCGAACGAGGUGUGCAUAUCGUACGGAGUCACCGACAGCGGCGUCGUCGUGCCCGAAGCUCCCAAGGCAAUAGGCUCCGACGAUAAGGGCAUCGUCAUCGACUCCAACGGUCAUCAAGCUCCUCUUCCCGAUCUGCACCCUUCACUGGGAGCCUCGACCAAUCCCCCGACCGUUCCUGGAACGAACUAUGCAAUUAAUCCUUCGAUACCCCAAAGUGUACAGCAUAAUCCCGCCCAGGUCCAGGCACAGGCGACGGUGCAACCCCCUUCGCAGAUACCGCAGUACUUCCAGUCGACCCCUCAGCAGCAAAUGGCGCCACAGCAGCAACCAGGUGGACAAGGCUCUACGUUACCUUCCAACCUGCAACCUACUCAUCCUAGCAACAUGGGCCAGCCCCAGAGUUUGCCUCAAGGGUCCAUUCCUCUUAUUGCGCAGACCGGUGCCAGCGGCGUGGUGCCUCAGCAGAAUUUAGCCCACCCUGAGGACGCGUACGUGACGGUUACCUCUCAGAAUCAACCUCUGCCCGGUCAGAAUGUCUGUCAGCCAAUGGUACAGCAGCAACCGUCCGUUCCUUCCUCUCAGCCCCCCAAUAUCCUUGUUACGCAGCAUCAACCUCAACCUCAGCAUCCUCAGCAGCAUCCACAGCAACAGCAGCCUCCGCAACCGCAGCAACAAGCGUUACCCACUCAGAGCCAAAUGCCUCAAGUUGCCGAACCGAUGACAGCGAUGCAGGGGAUUCAAGGCAUGCAGAAUAUUCACAAAGUUCCUCAGCCUGCUGCGCAGCAACCUCCGGCUUCGAUUCAUGGCCCCGGGGCUCCCGUACAGACUCAAGUGCUGCCACAGGCACAGUUGCAACCGCAGACCAGUGGUAGCAAUGCUCAAGUGCAAAUGACCCAAGUGUCGGCUGGCUGCCAGAACGUAGUGGGUGGUAUGCCGCCAGGGAGUAUGUUUCAUCAGCCCGAACAGGAGCAGGACUCUGUUUCGGGCAUCGUCACAACAGCUGUCCAAUCUGCCGAUGCUGCACUACUCGAGUCUCUUGCCGAAGUCACGCAGGGCAGCGAUGAACAUCAUACCCUCGAGGACAAUGAAAGUAUGUCCGGGACAAGUGCCGUAGCAAUCGACAACAAGAUCGAGCAAGCUAUGGACUUGGUGAAGAGUCAUCUGAUGUUCGCCGUGCGGGAAGAGGUCGAGGUGCUAAAGGAGAAGAUAGCAGAGCUAAUGGACCGAAUCAAUCAGCUGGAAGCUGAGAACUCGAUUUUGAAGGCGCACGCCACACCGGACACGUUGGCUCAGUUGAGCCAAUCGACGACGAAAUUACCCCAAAACAAUUCAGGAAGUGGUCAAUAGGUAAACCCGUUGUACAUAAGUUUCUAUCGAUACUUCGUCAGUACAUAAACGGAUAUAAUAUAAUUAUUGUAUAUAACUUUACGAUUUUUAGAAAUUUAUAAAUAAUGAGAUUUAUUAUAUAUUAUACAU